UGUUUGGUGUAGGACCCCCCUUGUUUGGUGCAGGACCCCCUUUGGUGCAGGGACCCCCUUGUUUGGUGCAGGGACCACCCUUGUUUGGUGCGGGACCCUCUUUGGUGCGGGACCCCCCUUGUUUGGUGCAGGACCCCCUUUGGUGUAGGACCCCCCCUUGUUUGGUGGGGGACCCCCCUUUGUUUGGUGCGGGACCCCCUUUGUUUGGUGCAGGGACCCCCCAUUGUUUGGUGCGGGACCACCCUUGUUUGGUGCAGGACCCCCUUUGGUGCAGGGACCACCCUUGUUUGGUGCAGAAUCCCCUUUGGUGUAGGGACCUCCCUGUUUGGUACGGGACCCCCCUUGUUUCAUGCAGGGACCCCCCCUUGUUUGGUGCAGGACCCCCUUUGGUGCAGGGACCACCCUUGUGUGGUGUGGGACCCCCUUUGGUGUAGGGACCCCCUGUUUGGUGCAAGCCCCCCAUUGUUUCAUGCAGGGACCCCCCAUUGUUUGGUGCAGGACCCCCUUUGGUGCAGGGACCCCCCAUUGUUUGGUGCGGGACCACCCUUGUUUGGUGCAGGACCCCCUUUGGUGUAGGGACCCCCUGUUUGGUGCAAGCCCCCCCUUGUUUCAUGCAGGGACCCCCCCUUGUUUGGUGCAGGACCCCCUUUGGUGCAGGACCCCCCCUUGUGUGGUGCGGGACCCCCUUUGGUGCAGGGACCACCCUUGUUUGGUGCAGGACCCCCUUUGGUGUAGGGACCCCCGUUUGGUGCAGAACCCCCCUUGUUUCAUGCAGAGACCCCCCCUUGUGUGGUGCGGGACCCCCUUUGGUGCAGGGACCUCCUUGUUUGGUGCAGGACCCUCUUUGGUGCAGGACCACCCUUGUUUGGUGCGGGACCCCCAUUGUUUGGUGCAGGACCCCCUUUGGUGUAGGGAUCCCCUGUUUGGUGCAGGACCCCCUUUGGUGCGGGACCACCCUUGUGUGGUGCGGGACCCCCAUUUGGUGCAGAACCCCCCUUGUUUGGUGUAG